CCCUGUGCUUCAGAAACGAGACCAGGAUGCUGCAGAGCACUUCUAGCUGUAAAAUAGCUUUACUCCCACUGUCCCCACCAGGGAAGAAGGCAGAGCAGGGUUCUCUCCCAUGGCACAUCCUUGCUGGAGAGCUCAGGGAGGGCAAGCCCUCUCCUUGGGCAGGUCAGAAGGGCUGGGGGGUGGCAGCGCCGGCGUGGCUCGUCUGGCCUGUCCCCAACUUCCCACAGCUGCUUCCCCUUCCCCAGCGGGCUCUCGGUGGGGACAGGCUCUCGCCUUCCUGCGGCGCUGGCCCGGCAGCUCCCAGCACCAUGCUGGUGUUUCUCCGCUGGCCGGGGCAGCUCCUGGCAGUGGUGGUGCUUGUGCUGCAGCCGGCUGGGAGUCUCGAGGUUCAGUGUCCCGUCCCAGAUAUCACACACGGACAGCUGAAACCUGCACAGAACUUCACCCACGGCAGCACAGCCACGCUCCAGUGCGAUGCCGGCUACAUCCCUGUGGGUGCCACCACCACCGUGCGGUGCCUGAGCAACGGCAGAUGGCAUCCACGGAUGCCCGCCUGCAUCCUGGGUCACUGUCCCUACCCUCCUGCCAUCGACCACACGGACCGAAGCCCUCAGCGCGAGUUUCCAGUCGGGACAACCGUGACCUACUUCUGCAGAUCCGGAUACACUUUGCUCCCCGAUGUAUCUCCAGUAACUACUUGUCUUAAAAAUUUCACAUGGUCCGAAAUCCCAAAGCUUUGCCAGAAGGUGCAGUGUCCCAACCCGGCUAUCCACCACGGGAGAGAGACCAGCCCCAGGAAAGCCGAAUACACCUUUGGGAACCAGGUAGAAUUGCAGUGUGACCCUGGCUAUGUGCUGAGGGGCAGCCAGAGGAUCCAGUGCUGGUCUGACGGGACGUGGAGACCCCCCGUGCCGUACUGUGACAAGGUUUGUGAUCCCCCUCCAAAAAUCACCAACGGGCAGCACUCUGGCUUGAGAACAGAGCAGUUCCCCUAUGGCUUAGAAGUAAAGUACAGCUGUGUGGAUGGUCUGUCCCUCAUUGGGGACGACUCCAUCUACUGCACCUCCGACGACGGGGUGAACCUGGCGUGGAGCGGACCUGCCCCUGAGUGCAGGAUGGUUCGGUGCCCCAAGCCCACAGUCGAGAGGGGAAGGAUGACUCCGCAGAUGUUCACGUUUCCCUACGGGGUGGCCGUGCGGUUCUCCUGCGACGAAGGCUUCGUGCUGCACGGCGAUGCUGAGAGCCGGUGCCUGGCCGACGGCGCCUGGCACCCUCCCCUGCCCACCUGCCAGCCAGUUCUGUGUCCACAACCACAAGUGGCCAAUGGAAUGCUGAAAAGCACUUUGGAUGGUAAAAUGUGGUACCAAACAAAUGCGACUGUUACUUUUGAAUGCCUUCACGGAUACCACUUUUCAGAUGAUGGAGAGGUGUCUUCAGAAGAGUCUCGGACAGCCACGUGCUUGCCUGAUGGCAACUGGACACCAUUGCCCAAGUGUAAGAAAGAAGGUGAUGUUGAUGUAUGCGAAGAAGUUCAUUAUAUUAAAACGGUCUUUGAAUGCGAUGUGCCUAUAGCAGAAGUGAAAACUCUGCUGGAAAUACAAAAACUGUUUCUGGAGAUUAAAAAACUAAAGGUGGAACUAGAAAACCUGAAUGAGUGAGUCCUGUAACGCACUGUAAUGAUCACCGUUGGUGAACACGCAGUUUGUGUAGUCACAGUAUCUAUAAGAAGGCUCUUGGUGACUUUAUGGUCAUGUUUGCAUGCCUGUAACCAGCGAAAUAAUAACCAAUGCAUUGGAGAUUGCUUUUGUCAUGCUAGAUGCUAGAGCACAGAGGGAUUUUUGCUCCUUUCCUUAAAUCUGACAAGCUUGAUUCGCUAUUUAACAAAUGUUUUGUUUCAGAUUUUAUAUUAGGAAACAUAGUAAGAAAUUAAAUUGAGCUUCUUCGAGUCACUGCAUAAGUUGUGCUAAGCUGAGAGAAGGGGGACCAAAGUCCACAGAAGUAAACUUCUAGCUGAGAUGAGUGUCUGGCUCUCUGAAGGUGCUUCUGCUGUAAUCUUCCAGCUGGUGGUUUGUGCAAUGCCGUACCCUCUGCCCCUACCAAACUCAGCCUGUCAUAGCAUUAGCAUACUUCUAUGUAGAAAUAGUAGUGAAGUGACCAUUUAACUAUGCGAUUUCCUGUUAAUCUAGCUCAUGAUUUCUAUUCAUCUAGUUAAGGGCAGUUGCAUAUAAGAAGCAUAUUUAUAAAGGCUUCUAUUCAGUUAUCCCUGGAUUUAAAAGAGGCAACAGGUUUCUGGCCGAGCACUGUACUCAACAGAUAUCUGUGGUGGUGUCAUCUUCCACGUCCCUAUUUCUGGCAAGCAAAUGCUAAGAAUAGAUGUUGUAAGUUUAAGUGUAAAGAAUCAGACAGCAAAGACGGUUGUUAUUACUCAAUAAACGAUGAUCAGUUUAUGUUGCUCUGUGAUGCAGCAAUUACUCCUUCCCUGCAGGAUUACAAUAAAGAUGGAGGUGUAA